AUGUGGCUAUUCCGUGUGUAUAUUGACAAUACUCAACAUGAUGACAUUGAUUGGACACCAUACACCACUCAUCGGGACACUGUUGCCUUUGAUCCCAUUUCAUAUUAUUCCGGAUGGCUAGCAUGUAGGAGUAAUCUAAUAUGCAGGUAUAUGCCGGAGGGAUGCAUGUGUCCGUUUGUAUAUGUGCAGAUCAUUCCGAGAUCCCCAUUCGACUUUGCUCCUAAUAGCAUCAUGCGUAGACAUAUUGAUGACAUACUAACAGAUUACAAGAGUCAUCUAGUACCAGAGGAGUAUCGAAGUAUGACGGCCACAAGCCAAUGUUCUUAUGUGGAUAAUUACAUGAUUUGCUUCUCUAUUGCUUCACGCCCUAUCAUGACACUAGACACUCCUAGACGUCCACCUAGGCCUGCUCGUGAGGAUAUCUUGGAGAAUGAAUAG